UAGUAAAAAAAAAAAAGAAAACUGCAUUUUUGUUGUCUUUUUCGUAUAUUUUUACACGUUAUAAAAAUUUUUUUAAAAAAAUUUAAUUAUGAAAUUUUUUUGAGCAAAAUAUUAGGGAAUUUUGUUGCAUUCAUAGUGGAGGAUGCAAUCGCGCGUGGAUGUAAUAGCGACUAUGAUCGUUAAUAAAAGUGCAUAUGUUUCCACACGGUAUAUUCAAAUCAAAACAACGUAAUCUCGGUGCACUUCAAGAUGCAUGAGCGAUUACUGUUCACCGAGGCCUACGGGAGUGAGAAAGACAGGUUUUUCGUCAAAUCAAAAGACGAGCAAUCGAUAACCGAACUGUUAUCAGACACAACUAGAACGAAGUCUUUUUAUUCUGGUUUCAUAUCGAUUGUAAAAGAGGUAUUUUUACCUCAAGGAUAUCCCGAUAGCGUUCACCCUGACUAUACUCCUUAUCAAAUAUGGGAUACAGUUCAGGCAUUUGCAAGUACCAUAAUGGGUACGCUUACAACACAUUCCAUUAUGCAAGGGGUAGGUGUAGGUGAGGCUGCAGCAACUCCAUUAGCAGCAGCUAUAACAUGGAUAUUAAAAGAUGGAACUGGGAUGGUUGGUCGUAUUGUGUUUGCAUGGUGGAAUGGGACAGGUUUGGAUGGACAAUGUAAAAAAUGGAGGCUCUUUGCUGAUAUUGUUAAUGAUUUAGCAAUGGGAUUAGAAUUACUUUUGCCUUAUUUUUCCUCUUAUUCACUUGGAAUAUUGUGCAUUUCAACAGCAAUGAAAUCGAUUGUUGGUGUUGCCGGUGGAGCAACAAGAGCAGCACUUACACAGCAUCAGGCAUUACAAAAUAAUUUGGCAGAUGUAUCAGCUAAAGAUGGAAGUCAAGAAACAUGUGUAAAUUUAAUAGCAUCUUUUGUUGGUAUUUUAAUACUUUCAAUUUUUCAUAAUGAGCGAUAUAUAAUGGAACUCUAUCUCUUUCUUGUGAUAAUACAUCUGUAUGCAAAUUAUUCUGCGGUAAGGGCAUUAUGCUUGAAUUCUUUAAACGAAGAUCGUUUAGCUUUAAUAAUAAAAAGUUAUGUUUCGAACGAAGUUAUUCCGAAACCGGAAGAAAUUAACAAAAAGGAAUCAGUGUUACUAUUAACAAAAUCUACAAUGAGCAUAUGUGGAUUCAAUAUAAAAAUAGGUGUUUCUCUUGCGGCUCUUAUAAAACAGGAUAUAAUUUUAACAAGUGACACUGAGCUUGCAUUGAAACUCUUUCUAGAUAGAAAAUAUUUGAUUUCUAUUGAUGUACAAAACAAAACUAUUUUUAUAUGUCUUAAAAAAGACGCGCAACCUUACGAUGUCUUGGAAGCAUAUUUCCACGCUUGCCUUUGCGGCUUUUUUAUUUGUAUGUCUUUGAAAGUGCCACUUGAUGUUUAUGUAAAACCCGAAGUAAGUGAUCUGUCGUAUCCUUUAAUGCGACUUUAUGUACUUAAUAAAAGGUACUCUAAUAGAAAUAAUGGCAUACAAUCGUCAAAAGCCAUAGAGAGUAUUUACGCCACGAAUUUAUUGAUCUCUAGCGAAUAUAAAGCCUUUAUUAGUGAUCUUGAAAGCAAAGGGUGGAUAACAGAAACAAAUCUAUUACCAGUAGCAGGCUGGAGAUUUUUAUAAAAAAAUUAAUGGUAAAAGAAAAGGCAUGAACAUUGGAAAAUAUCAUUGUUCCUUCCACAUUAUUUAUCUCGAUAAAAUUUUAUAAUUGUUAAUUAUUUAAGUAAUUUUAUUUGCAUAUUUUGUAACUAUUUGUUGGCAAUGAGAUAAAAUUAUUUAUAAAUAUUUUCUUACAAAUUUUUAUCACAGGUGAUUAUAAUUUAUAAUAUAUUAGUAAAACCGAUAUGGAAACCAGUUUAUUUUGAAUAAUUUAUAAAAAUAUAAUACGCCUUUAAUCUGUACAAAUAUUUCAAUGAAGUUGAACUAAGAUUCUUGUUCUUGUUUAGGGCCAGUCUGUGAUAAAUGUUUUACUAUGUCCACCCAGUCCCAUCCUCGUGGUUUCUCUCCCUUUCCAUCUGCUUUAUUCCAUUGUCUACGUUUUUGAGCUUUAGUUAGAUGUUCCUUUUUUGGCUUUUUUGUUGUUUCUUCCAACUUUUCAUGUUCAUCUGUUAUCUUUAGCUGAUUGGUUUGUGAGUUUAAAUCAACUACAGAAUCUGGUUGCGCCAAGACCAACUCAGUAUAAUGUUCUUGUAUAGAUUGAAAUAAUGUAUAAGUCAUAGCACUUCCUAGCCAUUGAUCAAUCUCUGCCUCCACAUGUUGCACCACUUUGUCUUUUACUUCUUGUACACUGUAUUCCAAUCAUUCACCUUUAAUAAAAGCAACAGAAUGCAAGAAUAUUCAGUGGACAAGAUGAUUGGACUUACAUGUGCUUAUUGUAAAAAGUGUUCAUAUUAACGAUAGGCCUCUCUGAUGGAUAAGUUGUUCCCCAUGAAAUCUCCAAUAGAAAUGAUUUCAUGUCGUUAUCCUCUCCAUACUGUAUAUAAAACGUUGUGGGUGUCAACUGUUUAAAAGCUGAAUCUCCAUCAUAUAUCGAAAGAAGUACUUCUCUUUCUUCUUCCUGAAGUUCUGCAUCACUCAUUUCCUUUCUCCCGUAUUCGAAUUUAAUACUUUAAUUUUUCUCGUACGCGCACAGCUCAUGCGUUAUUUCAAGGUUAGGAAAACUUCAAGUCGACAAAAUUGUUAAAUCGAUUGUGCUGUCUCGAUCGUGUUAUGCAUGCAAUAUCUCGAAUGCUCG